UUUUAAGUUUAGGCUUCGGCGUUAGCUCACUCAGAACUACAUUUCCCAUCAGUGAGCGCGACAAACGUGUUUUUGUCGGAAGUGCCGCUGUCACGGCGCCACUCGGACAUCCGGUCGAGGAGUGGAGGACUGAGCUCGGGGCCAGCACACCAGCCUCCGGCUGCACGCAGAGUCUUUUCUGAAUGCACCGACGCAGGCGGCUCGGUCGGCUGCAUGCGGACGAAGCUGUGACUGAAUGAAACCGUGGGCGACUCGACUUGAGGAAGGCAGCUGUCAGUCCCAGCCUGUGUAAUCGAUCACCUCUUCAGGCUGGGCCAUGAAUAAACAGCCGAGCAAGGAGAGCCUCAAGGACAAGGUGAAGGGGAUCUUUGGGCUUGGAACACCGCGCCCGCCGAGCAAACAGAGUGACACAAAACCCUCCGAGUUCAUCAUCACCACUGACAUCAUCAAGGAGCUCCAACCAGACUGUGGUCUUAGCAACCGCAUUCGCAUGAUGAACCACGUCUGUGAUCUUGCAAAAACAAAAAAAUUUGAGGAGCACGCAGUGGCAGCAGUAUGGAAAGCUGUGGAAGACAUGCUGACUUCAGAGCAGCCACCCGAGGCCAGACAUGCUGUCCUACAGCUGCUGAGGGCCAUUAUACAGGGACAGGGUGAGCGACUUGGCCCUCUGAGAGCCUACUUCUUCAAGGUGAUCAGAGAUUACCAACCCUGCAACGAAGACCUCUCCGAUAGGCUGGAAGUUUUCAAGGCCUUAACUGAAAAUGGAAAGGACAUCACAUACCUGGAGGAGGACAUAGCACGCUUUGUCCUCCUGUGGAUGGACAUAGGCCUCACCUCCGACUUCCUGCAUGUUCUCGUGAAUCUGGUGAAGUUCAACAGCUGCUACCUGGACCAAAAUGUCUCCGUCAUGGUCCAGAAAAUCUGUCUCCUAUGCAACAGAACAACAUCAUCAACAGAUAUUGAGGUAGCACUACAGGUCCUGGAUGCGGUGGUGUGUUACAACUGCCUGCCUUCAGACUCUCUCACUGUCUUCAUCAUCACACUCUGUCGUACAGUCAAUGUCAAGGAGUUUUGUGAAUCCUGCUGGAAGCUGAUGAGGAAGGUGUUGGGGACUCACCUCGGCCACAGUGCUAUUUACACCAUGUGCCGCAUCAUGGAGGAGAGGGUGUACAUGGAGGACGCACCUUUGCUGAGAGGAGCAGUGUUUUUCGUGGGAAUGGCGCUGUGGGGCGCACACAGACUCCCCGCUCUCAAAAACACACCCACAUUGGUUUUGCCGUCUUUCUACAAGGCCAUGUCGUGUGCCAACGAGGUGGUGUCCUAUGAAAUUGUCCUCUCCAUCACCAGGCUGAUCAAGAAGUAUGGCAAGGAGCUGCAGGUGGUCACCUGGGACAUCCUGCUGGGCAUCAUAGAGCGACUUCUGCAGCAGAUCCAAACCAUAGGAAGUGCAGAGUUAAAGGCCAUCGUCUACGAGCUGUUGACCACAGUAGAGGAGCUGUACGAGCAGAACGGUUACCACGGCUCCACAGAGAAGUUCUUCAGUCUGGUGGAGAAAUGUGCAGACAAAAGACCCGAUGCAUCAGUGUUGACCCUUAUCUCAUAUAGGGCCCAGUCUAUCCAGCCAGCCAAGGACGGCUGGAUUCAGAGCCUUCACCGCCUCAUGGAGAAAUUCUUCAGGAACGAGACUCGCAGCGUCAUAAGGAUCAAAGUGCUUCACAUCCUGUCUUUUGUUCUCAGCACCAAUCGACAACUGUAUGAGGAUGAGUUGAUUGAAAUGGUGGUGAUCCCCCAGCUUAGUGGGAUAGCUGAAGACCGGGACCUGGCUGUCAGAAAACAGGCCACCCAGCUACUUGUGGACCUCGCUGAGGGCUGCAACACACACCAUUUCACCAGCUUGCUGGACAUCAUUGAGCGGGUGGCUAGUCGCUCUCUGGUGUGUUCAGGGCCCCUGGAGGUUUCUGAGAGAGACCCCACAGCAGAGUCUCCUAUGGAGGAUGUCAGGACUGCUAUACUGGGCUUGUUGGAAAUCCUGCAGAGCAAACUUUACAGCCUACCAGCCAGCCAUGCUAGUCGUGUUUAUGAGUUGCUCAUCAGCCACCUGCAGCUUCACUACAAGAACAAGUACUGUUCAGCUAUUGCUUGCAGUAUUAGACUACAGGUGUUUGACUUCUUCCUGAUGAUGCGCGCGGACUCUCUUCACCGUCUUGGAGUCUCCAACAAAGAUGGAGCCAUGAGGUUCAGCCCUUACUGCUACUGUGACACUGGGGAGCCAGAGAAGCGAGUCAGUGAAAAGAAGCCAACAGGUUCAACAUCUCCUCCUGCUGGUAGCCCAGCUCCCCCUGCUGCUCCUCCCCCCUUGACUGCCUCCAUACGCUCAGCCUACCUGCCCUAUGCCCCUGCCUUUAGUGUCCUCCUGCAGUGCCUCAAGAUGGAGACUGAUUGGAAGGUUUUUAAACUCGUUCUCGACAAGCUGCCGUGGACGCUUCAGUACAAAGUGCUGCUGCUGACGUCACCAUGCAGCUUAGACCAGCUCUGUUCUACGCUCUGCUGCAUGGUGACGGAUCGUCUGAUCUCGGAACGCUUGAAGAAGACCCCAGAGGGGUUUUCCCGCACUGAUGUUCAGCUGGCGGUGGUUCCUGUCCUCACGGCGAUCACCUCCUACCACAACUACCUUGAGCAGUCAAGACAGAGAGAGCUGGUUCAAUGCCUGGAGACUGGCCUCAUUUACCGAUGUGCCAAGCAAUGUGUCGUUGCUCUCACAAUGUGCACAGUAGAGAUGCCUGACAUCAUGAUCAAGCUCCUGUCCGCUCUUAUUGUCAAGCUCACCCACAUCUCUGCCACUGUUGCCAUGGCAUCUCCCAUGCUUGAGUUCCUCUCCACUCUGGUGCGCCUUCCCCAUCUCUAUGCCAACUUUGUAGCUGAGCAGUAUGUCAGUGUGUUUGCCAUCUCCCUCCCCUACACCAAUCCCUCCAAGUUCAACCAGUACAUUGUGUCCCUGGCCCACCAUGUGAUUGCUAUGUGGUUCAUACGCUGCAGGCUCCCAUUCCGCAAAGACUUUGUUCAGUAUAUUACAAAGGGUUUGCGUUCCAACGCCCUGCUGCCGUUCGAUGACGGUCACGAGCAGAGUCCAUUUCGUGCCCGAAGCACCAGCCUCAAUGAAAGACCCAAGAGUCUGCGGGCGGCAAAAGUGGCGAAGGCAGCAGCGGCGGUAGCCAAUAGCAGCAGCUCUCCUGUUAAAGAGCUGAGGGACCUGUCAGCCAUGGACGCGUUCCGCUCCCGCAGCAUCAGUGUCUCCGAACAUGCGGUCCGCAGGAUGCACACAUCCACCACCACGUGCAGCCUGGGCUCUGCCGACGAAAAUGUGGUUACUCAGGCAGACGAGGGGCUGAAGACCGUCCACCUGGAGCUCACCGAGACCUGUCUGGACAUGAUGGCACGAUAUGUGUUUUCCAACUUCUCCGCACUGCCCAAGAGGUCUCCCAUUGCAGAGUUCCUGUUGGCGGGGGGUCGCAGUAUGACCUGGCUUGUGGGCAACAAGCUGGUGACCAUAACAACUAGCGGAGGGGUCAGAACACAAGCACUACUGGGCCUGGACAUGGCCGAGCGUCUGGGAGGAGGAGGGGAAAUGACCAGGUCAGAUCCAUCACUACACACCCGAAUAACCAAAGAGGCUCCAGCCAAACUGGAGUCGCAGUCGAGCCAGCAGCACAACAGAGCCACGCGCAUACGGGUCCGCUCCAUGUCAGGUGGCCACGCACUACGCACCGGUCCCGCUCCGAGUCUCAGUCCUCUCGUGUCCCCGUCUGAGGGCGAGUUAGCCGCUCCCCUCUCUCCCUCCUCCGGUCCCACCCUUGACGCCUUGGGUCCUCCCUCCUCCACCUCGGCCGCCGCCUCCGUUCCCCCGCCUCUCAAAGACAACCCCAGUCUGGCUGAUUUUGUCCCCAUACUCACGCAGGGCUGGGCAGAGAUCUUCAUCCGGAGACCGUCUGGUAACACGAGUUGGCUGAUGUGUCUGGAAAACCCACCCAGUCCCUUCUCGUCCGAGCUUGGCAACAUGCCGCUGCAGGAGCUCUCCAGUGUCUUGAUGGCGAUGGAGGGGGUGAAGGAGCCCCCUGCCCAGACGGCCAGCGCUCCCGCCAGCACUGCCGCUCCCGCCCCCGUCUCCGAGCCCCUAACCCAAACGCACAGCAGCGUCGCGGGGAAGGCGAACCUGAUCCAGCGCUCCAACACUGUCGGCGGCUCUCUCUGGUCUCUGGGCCUGGGCUCUGCCCCCUCAGGCCCUCCAGCCCCUGGCAGGUUGCACAGGAGCAUUUCCUGGGCAGAGUCUGUGGUGGUACGAGAGGAAGGGUCAGGGGUCACUGCGGCGCACACAGCGUCUGAUUGGCGGGAGAGUGAGGAGUUUGAGCCCAUGACGUCUGAUCCCAUCUUCAUGUCGGCUGACAAGUUCACAAAGACUCCGCCUCCUGGAACGCUCAGCAGGUCCUCCUCCACCUCCAGCCAAGAUGACGAAAGGUCUACCCUGGAGGAAGUAAGCGAGGGAGCGAUUCCCAUCGACCAGCCCACCGUAGGACCCUCCACUCCGGGCAGUCAGGGGCCGGAGCUUCCCUUUCAGACUCACUCUCAGUCGCAGGGUCACGGACUCAACAAGUCCAGCUCCUCUCCGGAGCUCCAGACGUUACCCGAAGCCUUCACAAAGGCUGCUAUGGAGUCCGAGACGUCGCCGGCAGACACGUCACGGCCCAGAGCGCCUUCGGACGGCAAGCCGCAGCCUCAGCUGCCUCAGCUGCCUCAGCUGCCUCAGCUGCCUCAGCUGCCUCAGCUGCCUCAGCAGCCUCAGCAGCCUCAGCAGCCUCAUUUCGAGAAGGAGAAGGUGGAGGGAAGCACAGGGGGGGAUGUCACUGUUCCUGCAGGUCAGAGUCAAGGCAGCGAAGGCCAUGGUGCAGUGUCGUCUCAAAGUGGCAGUGCAAGGAUGAGGUUGGAGUUUCCAGCGGCGGCGGCACAGCCUGGACCAGUCUCUCCCAGCGGAGGCCACCGACCCCGGGGCCACACCAUCUCUGUAUCGGCGCCCUCGUCCAGGAGAGAGAGGAGGACGGAGAGGGACUCGUACCACAGUCGGCCAGGACCCGGCAACGCAGAGAAGAUUUCUGGACUGAGUCCCAGCUUUGUCUUCCUCCAGCUGUACCACUCUCCUUUCUUCGGGAACGAGGCCAACAAGCCGCUGCUGCUGCCCAAAACCCAGGUGAUCGAGCGCGCAGUGAAGGUUUUGGACCAGAUGCCUCCUUACGACACCCAUAAGAUCGGAGUGGUGUUCGUCGGAGCUGGUCAGGUUAACAACGAGGUGUCCAUCCUGUCAAACGAGUACGGCUCAAACCGCUACGCUGCCUUCCUAACGGGCCUUGGCAAAUUGAUCCACCUGAAAGACUGCGACCCCGACCAGAUCUUCCUCGGCGGGCUCGACCAGUACGGAGAUGACGGAGAGUUCACCUACUGCUGGCACGACGACAUCAUGCAGGCUAUCUUCCACAUAGCCACACUGAUGCCAAACAGGGAGAGUGACAAGGGCUGCUGCAACAAAAAACGUCACAUUGGCAACGAUUUUGUCAUGGUGGUGUACAAUGACUCCGGAGAGGACUACAAACUGGGCACAAUUAAGGGUCAGUUUAACUUUGUUGAAGUCAUUAUAAAACCGCUGGAUUAUGAAUGUAACCUGGUCACCCUGCAGUGUCGCAAAGAUCUCGAGGGAUUAGUAGACACAACCGUGGCAAAAAUCGUCUCAGACCGCAACCUUCCUCUCUUGGUCAGACAGAUGGCUCUGCAUGCAAACAUGGCAUCUUUAGUCCACCAGUUUCGAGCCAACCCGUCUGAUGCAUAUGCCUCAAAGUGGCUGGCGAGGCUGCGCCACAUUAAGCGAAUUAGGACCAGGGCACAAGAAGACAUUCAGUCUCGCUCGACUCCCGGCAUAUCGCUGACCCAAGGACACACUCAGCAGAACAAGUCGUUCCAGCAGAGCUCUCAAACAUCAAAUCCAGAAACCUCGGGGCAGAGAAAGAGACUUGUAUCAACAGUGGAUGAUUUCACUGAUUUUGUUUGAUUACAUUUCUGAUCCUGGUAGACACACACGUGCACACACGACCACAUGCCAGCAUGCACACACAACCAUAGACAAGAUCUGUUUGUGUGUAGACGUGUGGAAUAAAAAGUGACCAUGGAAAAGGUG